AUGAGAAACAUCCCUACUAGUUGCUGGUUACAAGUGCCAACCCAAACUCAUCGCCGUCUCGGAGAUCUUCCGCUAGAAAUCCUGUACAAUGUGAUGGGGCUACUCGGCUGGGAGGGCUCUACCAGUCUUGGCUUAACAUGUCCUGAGAUUUACGCUGCAUACAGAGCUCUCUACCCAUCAAAGGUGCCAUUACGAAGCCUGGUAGAUACAUCUCUUCCUUUUCGAUUAUACCCAGUCACUGAGAUCGAAAUGGCUCAAUUAUACCCACCAAUCGAACUGUACAAGCUAGUUGGAAACUGGAACGGGUUGAAAGAUCAAUAUUUCUUUUGGGAGGAUGAUACCUAUUGGAAGAACGAGAACGCCGGGUAUAACACGAGUACGACACCGACAUUAGAUGUCCUUUCGAGCGGUGUUCCCGAUCGAUUUCUUCUCGCGUCUACGUUCGCAAACAAGAUCCAGAAUAUGAAGAUCUUGCAGGAAAGAUAUCAGGAUUAUGAGUUUACACGCAUCGGUGGUAAGGAACAUACUUUUGUAGAUUCCUACGAGGGUAGUUCGGUUUAUUUGGACACCAAAGAGGCAAAUUUGCUUCUCCAAGCUAGUCGAAUCCCCUCUCCAUUCGAUUUGGGAGCUGAAUGGGACAGCAAAGCUAAGAGAGUGAUUAUUGAAAGCAUCAAUUUGGCUCCACGCGCACUCGUUUGGCGAUCUUACUGGAGAUCUACCAAUAUAUGGAAUCGAAAUACCUUGUACUUUGAUAGGAAAUUGAAAUCUGCUGAGGCUGCGGAGAGAGCUUUGGACCAAUUCCCAGAAUGGAUUGAAAUGAUCGGGUUUUGA